UUAAUGUUGAUGAUCAAGGCUUACAGAAAAGUCUUAAAAAAGGACUUAUAAUACAGAAAUGGUCUUCCUGGAAAAUUAUGCUAAUUUAUUUACUCAGUAAUUAGUUGGAACUCCUUUUGCACUGAUUACUGCAUCUGUGGGACAUGUCAAAGAGCCAUCAGUCCAUGGCACUGCUGUGAUGAAGCCCAGGUUGCUCUGACAACAGCCUUAUUCUCGUAUGUAUUGUUGAGUCUGGUGUCUCUUAUCUUCCUCUUAACAACACUUCAGAGAUCCUCUAUGGGGUUCAGGUCAGAUCAGUAGGCUGGCCAAUCAAACACAGUAAAACCAUGGUCAGUAAACCAGUUUCUGGUGGUUUUGUCUUCACUGUGGGCAGGUGCCAAGUCCUGCUGGAAAGGCAAAUCCGUAUUUUCAUCAAGCUUCUUAGCAGAUGUAAGUGUGAGGUGCUCUAAAAUCACCUGGUAGAUGUCUGACAGCACUUACUCGUUGAUAAAGCACAGUGGACCAACUGCAGCAGAUGACAUGGCACCUCAAACCGUCACUGACUGUGGAAACUGAAAAUAGUGGAUUCCAAGCACCUUGGAUUCUGUGCUUGACUGAUCCUCCACCAUACUCUGGGACCUUGAUUUCCAAAUGAAAUCCAAUCAAGUCCGGUUCUUUUUCUCCUUAGCCCAGAUUGCAUGUAUGCAUCCGUAUGAGUUUUUCACCGAUGUGAUCCUCAUGAAGCUGUCUGACUGAUCCUGCUAUUGGCUGGUUGAACAAAGUCUGUGACUGAUAGCAGAGCAGGAUGUCAGACAGUGGAAACCAGUCCUGUCUGAUGGGAGCAGAGGACACCCUGUCCUUCUUGGUUUGUGUGUUCCAUGCAUUUGAGGACUGGGCAGGCCUGGGUCAGGUAGAGGACUAUCUGAGUGUUUUGGAGUACCUACUGUGGGUCUUCACACCUUUGGCCAUCGUCUUCAUUCUGCCCUUCCUCAUCGUCAUCCUACUUUACCUCUCCAUACUGUUCCUCCAUGUCUACAAGAGGAAGAAUCAGCUGAGGGAAGCGUAUUGCAACAACCUGUGGGAUGGGGCCAGGAAGACCCUGGCUACUCUGUGGGAUGGACACGGAGCCAUCUGGCAUGGCUAUGAGAUCCAUGGAAUGGAGAAAAUCCCAGACGAAGGACCAGCCCUGAUUGUGUACUAUCAUGGAGCCAUUCCAAUAGACUACUAUUACUUUCUGGCCAACGUUAUUAUCCAGAAGGGACGAACCUGUCACUCUGUAGCAGACCACUUCCUUUUCAAGAUCCCAGGAUUCAAGUUACUGUUGGAGGUGUUUAGUGUGAUCCACGGUCCUCAGGAGGAAUGUGUGCGGGCCCUCAGGAACGGCCACCUGUUGGGGAUUUCUCCAGGUGGAGUGCGGGAAGCUCUCUUCAGUGAUGAGACAUAUCCUCUUCUGUGGGGAAAACGUAAAGGCUUUGCACAGGUCGCCAUUGACUCUCAAGUGCCAGUAAUUCCAAUGUUUACCCAGAAUGUGCGGGAAGGCUUCAGAUCUCUGGGAACUCUGAGGUUUUAUCGCUGGGUGUAUGAGAGAUUUCGUCUCCCUAUAGCUCCUAUUUAUGGAGGAUUUCCUGUGAAGUUUCGUACCUUCCUUGGCGAUCCCAUCCCCUAUGACCCCAAUGUAACAGCUGCAGAGCUAGCAGAGAGAGUGCAGCAGGCUGUCCAGUCUCUGAUAGACCAGCACCAGCAGAUUCCAGGAAACAUACUUAGAGCGCUGUUGGAGAGAUUUCACACCAAACUCAAAGACCAUUAACAUCAGCAGUAAAACGACAAAGACAAACUGUUCAGAGUGACCAACAGGAUGUCAGAGGUCAGAUGGCUUCAGUGUUCACAGGUUUGGCGGUCCGACAUGUUUGAGUAUUUGCACAAAAAAAAAACCCAGAGUGCAGCUGCUGAGGUUCUUUUGCAUGCACUUUCUUUGUACUGCAUCUUAGUGAGACAUAUUUGUGAUCACAUUGAUUCUGUUUCCAGUCUCCUCAUUCCCAGAAUUGAUAUGUUACGGCUAGAAUUCCUGAAGUUGUGUCUUUAGAUGCAACAGUAAUCAUACCUCAAUAUUUAAAUGAAGAAAAAAGUUUCUUGCAACACCGUAAACAUUGUCAAAUCUGAUGACCGUAUGAUCUUCUGCAGAUGGACUCAACUUUGUGCUGAUUGGUUGGUUUGAUAAAUUUAAUGAAUUUCUUCAUUAAGACUGAACAUUUAUAAGGAUGCCCUGGAAGGCAAAUGUCAUGAGAAAUCUUGGGACUUCAUUACCCAGGUCUUUUCUUGUUUGUUUUCUUUGCUUUGCAUGAGUACAGGUUCAAAGGUGUUUUUCAAAGAAAGACUUGAAAAAACAGAUAUGGCAAAUAAGUAAAAAAUAAGCCCUCAUUUUUUUAAAAUUCCAGAAUAUUUUUUACUGAUGAAGAAAUUAUUUUUCCUGUUUAUAGUCACAGCUUAAAAGUAGUUUGCAAGAAAAAACAAACCGUUUCUAGUUCUGUAUCUUUAGUCCAAAACGGAGAUGAAAGUUGAAAUGAGCAAAAAUAUGUUUUCUUACUUUUGUUUCAGGCCUUUCAAAGAUGUAAAACAUAUAAUGAUCUCUUCUUGGGGUAUUUUUGAGAGCAUUUUCACACCGAAGGCUGGCCACACACUACAGGAUUUCAAACCAGAUUUGAGGCCGAUUUGCCUCCCCACGAUGAUUGUGGGAGUAUAUCCUGAGAGUAGCAAACAAAUAUUUGUCUGAAUAAUCCUCAACUAUGAAGUGUCAACAUGAUUAUUUUACUGCUUCAAGUCACGUUGAAGCCUCCCAGACCCUGAAUUAAAUGUCAAUUACUGAACGUUUCCAUGUGAACAAACCAACUUGAGUUAAUAAUACAACAGUGUUAGAACUGCUCCAUGAUUCUUAAAAUGGCCUAUCUUGGGAAUUCAAUUUUGCAUACAGUUUGGAAUUUAUAGGGACACAAACUACUUCCUCUUACCUUCAAAUUACUAGAUCUGUUUCAAAACACUGAAAAAUAUAAUUUUUCAAAAUUAAUCUACUAAAAACUUCUCAUUUAACCCUUUUUAGAAGUAUUAACAGCUCUCUACUCUGAAAAGGUAAUCCACCAGUAAGUGUUUAACCUUCUUCUAAGAAAGACUCUUAAUCAUAGAAAUAUUCCUAGAAAUGUGAACACUAUACAUUAGAAUUAAAUAUGCACAAAUAAAAAAUAUCAAGAACACCUGAUAUAACAACUCUGAAAAGAGGCUUGUUUAUUACAGUCUGUCACACUCAUGCUGAUUCAUCUUUGAGGCAGAGUCUCAGUGAACCAAUAACAUUUUUUCCCAAUACCUCAGAGUGCAAUGAUGAGAUUUGUUAUAAUUUUAAAUGUCAUGUUCUUGUAACAGAGGAAGUUUCAGAUUUGUUCCUGUUUGUCAGAUGUAAAUCUGAAGACCAAUAACAGCAAAGCUACUCCUGGCAUAAGAGCAUCAGUACAUUCAGUUUUGUUAUUCACUAUACAGUUGUACACAUUGUCCAGUCUUUAUUUAUUUAUAUUUUUACUAUGUUGUUAUUGGACUAGAGCAGGGCUUUUCAAUUACACAUUCAACUGGGCUCAAUUUUAAAAUCAAGAAAUGUAGCCGGGAUGGACAUUUUUGGUACCCAGUAAGCAGCUGGCAAUGACAAAUUUUUAACCAAUACAGAUCAAUUUGAUGAAAAAUACUUACAAUACACUUUUUAUUCUUUGUGUCCCUUUAAAUUUUUGCAACAUGACAAAAGCUCACCAAAAAGUGCUUAACAACACAAUAACAGAGCUGUAUUUGAACAUAACCUGAGGUUGUAGAAAUGUUUCUUUUUUCACUUGAAUAAAAAUAAAAUAUAAAGAAUGAAAAAAUUAAAAUGAAAUUCUGCAAAUAAUAAUUUUGGUCACAUCUUACCUAGGCAUUUCUUAAGUGCACAAAAGCUAAAUUUGCACAGUUGUAGCUACAGUUGAAAAGGACAUGGUUUACACUCAGUAUCUUGGGGCUACUUCUGUCAGCAUUGACUGUUGCUAGGCUACACAGAGUGUUGCAUUCAGGGUCUGAAAUACUGUGGGAAUUUAUGAAAACUUGCCAAACAGGUUCCCCUCUGCAUUUUUCCAUGACCACAGGCUGGGCCACUUGGGGGUUGGUUCUGGGCCGCUAAUUGAAUAGGCCUGGACUAGAGUAUCAACCUGAUAUGCCAAGUAGGCUGUUUUAUAAAAGUGCAUCUCAAAAAAUUACAAUAUUAUGAAAGAGUUCAUUUUUUUUGCUUCAGUUCAAGAAGUUCAACUCCUAUAUACUCUAGAUUGAUCUCAUACAAAGUGAUAUAUUUCAAGACCUUUUUGUUCUAAUGAUGAUAAUUAUGCCUUACAGCUCACAGAAAUCAAAAACCAACCACGUUAUCGGCUGAUGUUGGUCCACUGUGCUUGAUCAAGUCGAGAGUUGACACUGUGAGCUGUCUAGCAGGAGAUUUUAGAGACCUUCAUGCUUCUAUCUGCUGAGAGGCUUUAUGGAGAGACUGAUUUUCUUUUCCAGCAGGACUUGGCACCUGUCCAAAGUGAAGCCAGAGCUACCAGAAACUGGUUUACUGACCGGGGUAUUACUGUGUUUGAUUGGCCAACCAACUGGUCCGACCUGAACCCCACGGAGAAUCUUUCAGGUGUUUCCAAGAGGAAGAUGAGAGACACCAGACUCAACAAUACAGAUGAGCUGAGGGCUGCUAUCAGAGCAACCUGGGCUUCAUAACACACCAGCAGGUGUGCUAGGUUGCAUAAAUGCAGUAAUUAGUGCAAAAGCCAGACUAAGUACUGAGUGCAUAAAUGAGCAUAAUUUUCCUCAUGUUGGACAUUACUGUAUCAUAAAUCCUUUUUUAAUCUUUUUUUGUAAUAUUCUAAUAUUUUGAUGCAGGGAUUUAAGAUUUUUGUGAGUUUUAAGUUGUUAUCAUCAAAAUUAAAACAAAAAUGUCUGAAAAUAUACCACUUGUAUGAGAAGCAUCUAAAAAAUAUGGAAGUUUGACAUUUUGAAUUGAAUCAGCAAAUAAUGAACUUUUUCAUGAUAUAAUUUUCUGCAAAUACACAUGUAUGCAUGGGAUAUAUUUUACUUUUAUCUGGGAAACCUUCUAUCCAAAGUGUUUAGGAGGGGCGGGACUUUUCAAAACAUUUUCAAAAGGUGAUUGGACAAACAUUCCAUCUGUCAUAUUUAUUACGGACCAAUCAGAGCAACAAGACAAACUUGGGUUGGAAGCAUGAGCAACUCUGGCAGUAACCCCCUUACAGUGGAGCUUACUGGUGGAUAAACUCAUGCUGAGGCCAGUAUAAAUGUGGCCCAUUUCUGAUAAAACUGACGCUUUUCUUUAGCUACAGCCCAACUAAUUGCUACACCCGGAAAGCCAUUGCCACUGGCUUACAGUACAACUAAACCCCACUGCUAGCUAUUGCAAACUCAUGCUGAAGCAGGCCAGGAGGAAAGUGAAAAUAUCUUUUCCAUCUUUCAGUACUGUUAUAUGCUCUUAAUUUAAUAAAGAAAUUUGUUUCAGUUCUGAUAUAACUGUGGCUAUACCAUAGCUACAUCUGAGUUUAUGCUACACCAGUGGCAGCUAUUGCUGUCAGAUUCCAGUAGAACUAAACGCCACCCAUAGCUACAGCCUUGUUCUCCUAAAGUGAUGCUGGUUGGUCAGAUCCAUUCGCAGACCUGGCACAUUGUUUCAGAUUGGACCUUUGCAAGAUUGAAUCUGGCCAAUCCAUCUGCUUUGCAAAGUUAUUUAUCAGAGCAAUCUAGUUUUGAUCAGGUCAAGAUGUGUCUCAUGUUGUGUUUGUUUUGGUUUUGCUAUAUCUGGAUUUCAAAGCUGAAAUAAAUCCUUAUACCAACUAAGUGAUGUAUCAGCAAAUAAAAACAUGGUGGCAGUAAUAAGAGGGUCUUACUUCUAGAGUGACCAAGAAACUGAUAGUGUUUUUUUUCUCAGAUAUUCCAAAUUGCUGCAGUUUUUUUUUUUUUUUUCAAAUUAAACAUUACUCCUACACAAAUAAUAUGCAGCAAUCAGAAACCUACAUAAAGUUCAUAACCAGGAUACUUAAGUCCAUGUAAAUGCAGUUUUUCUGUUAUACAGAAUUGGCUAAUUGGUAUCAAACCAGCUGCCCUCUGUAGGUCCUUAAAUAAUCAGCAUAUUUUUUAAAGUACCAGCUGGUUGUUACUUGUGAUGACCCAGUGCAGUCUUAAGAUAUAAACCUUCUCUUACUUAACAUUCAAAAGAGCUCCACCAUGCUUGAUCCAAAUCCUCAAGACAUGAUCCCAAAAGGGAAUUUCAAACUCAGCUGCUACAAAGAAGGAUUAAAGUUUUGAGGUGGGUCACAUAUUCCAGUACAGAGAUUUUUAUAUCACAAACUGCUCUUUGACUUUUGAAAAACUUUCUAAACAAGAAAGGGAGUUCAUUGUACGUGACUGUUUUAUUACUUGACGUUAAUGUAAGCUAUGGGCAUUAAUACAGAAAUCUAGAGAUACAAUAUAAUGGUGAAAAUCUCGGAUGGGGCAAUAUAUUAAGUUUCUAAGAUAUAAUUUCAAAUGAGAUAUAGGAUAAGACAAUCAUUUAUAUUGGUAUUCCUGAUGAAAACAUAACAGGCAUAAUACAUUGUAAAAAGAUUGUGUAGUAACCUACGAAUUCCUUGUAGUCUAUGUGUGCAGCGUUUCAUUCAUACGUGUGUUUCAAAGCUAAUCAUCUGUUUAGGUCGAUGCUUAUGUUUCCUUUUAUCUGCCUCCAUUACACAUCAAACUGGAAUUCAUACACAGGAGGACACAGAAAAUCCAGUCAAUUUCAAAAUAAAACACUGUACAUACCGAUGAUCGUUCAUGUCAUCACAAUAUCAACAUUUAGUCAAAACUAGAAGCGGAUGAACAGAAUGUCCCGCUGCUUUGGCGUGUAAAGUAACAUGAUGUUUGUAUGAGCCCUUCAUUACCUCAUAAACUUUUGAGCCAGUGGCUCUGGGCUGUGCUGCACUCCGCUUCAGAAACUGGCCCAGCCAGUUGAAGCAAAAACAAGGCACAGAGGGAUCAUGGGCCAUACAUAUCCUGUUGGUUUAGUCAGGUCAAGUUUAUUUAUGUAGCACAUUUAAAAACAGCAUGAGUGCUUUACAGAGAAAGGCAAGAUAAAAAUAACCACACAUACAAAACAGGGGGUUUAGGGGUUAGAGUCACCAACAAGAAUAGGGUUAUUGAACACAAAAUAAUCUUAUAGAAAUGUUAAGUCAGAGUGAGGAAUCUUAUCACAUGAUUAUCUUAUUUUAUUGAAAGAGCAUUUAUUUAAAACAGUAAAAUUCUGCCAUCAGGGAGCUCUCAACCAAAACAAUAACACAAUAUGAAUGAACUUAGCACAAAAAGUAAGG